AUGGCGCACGCCAGAUCCACAAUAAACUUGUGUUCAGUUGACAAACGAACCACACGAAUGCUAUUACUGAAUUUACUCAACGUCCAACAAACUAUACUUCUGUUAAUACCAGAGACAAAUAUUGAUGUGUCCAAAAAUUUGGCAAAACCUGUUUUGCCAAAUGCAGAUGAUUACAGACCUGUGGUAAUUUGGCAUGGUUUAGGUGACAACUACAAUUCGUCGGGAAUACAUAAAGUUCAUGAAAUAUUAGACAGCAUGUAUCCAGGAAUAUAUGUCCAUUCAAUACGGUUAGAUGAGAAUCCUUCUUCUGAUGAACAAAAGUCUUUUUUUGGAGAUGCCAACCGGCAAAUUGACGAGGUGUGCAAACAACUUCGGAAUAUCACUGAAUUACUGAAAGGGUUUGAUUCCAUUGGGUUUUCCCAAGGUGGUGUUUUUUUGAGAGGUUUGAUAGAAAGAUGCCCCUUGGAAGUGAACAAUUUUAUAACGUUUGGCUCUCCGCAUCUUGGUGUACUGGAACUACCUCUAUGCAAAGACCGGUUUGAUUGGUUAUGCAAACAGAGAAAUGCCCUAUUGAAGAAGCAAGUUUGGCGUGAUAGUGUCCAAAAGCGAGUUGUACCAGCACAGUAUUUUAGAGAUCCAGCACACCUAGACCAAUACUUAGAGCAUUCAAAUUACUUGGCAGAUAUAAACAACGAGUGGGCGGAAAGGAAUGCAACUUACAAGAAGAAUUUUUCCAAAUUAAAUAAAUUGGUGUUAGUUAGUUUCACCGAAGAUACCACUCUUGUUCCUAAAGAAAGUUCCCAGUUUUAUGAUUUCGACCCGGAACAAAAGAGAAGCAUUCCUUUUCUUUAUACAGAGCUAUACAAGAAUGAUUACAUUGGAUUGAAAGCCCUUUACAAAAAGAAUUCAGUUGAUUUUCUAUCAAUUAAAGCAGAACAUAUGCAUAUUGAUGAGGGUUUCAUUAAAAGUAUUGCACAAGAGUAUUUUGGCGGGAAAUUGGGUACUUAA